CAUCCUUUGGCUCCUCUCUUCCGUCCCUAUAUCUCCUCCACUCUCUGCGAACUCCAACUCUCUUCGAACCCUAGAUCGAUCCAUAUCAGAGGAACCCCAAAAAUCUUUUUCAAUUUUAUUAUUUUAUUUUAAUUUCAACAGAGGCCGGGUUCGCGCUUACAGAUCCCAGCUCCGCAUCUCUUUCUCUGUCGCUCAGUUCAAGCUUGAAGGUUGUUAUGUAUAGGAUGGGUAAAAUCAGAGACAACGAUGGGUACGAAGAAGAGCUCGUUGACUACGAUGAGGAAGAACAGAACGCCCCCACCUCCGUCUCCGCCAAGCCCAAUGGCGAAUCCGCCAAAAAGAGGUGGUCACGGUUCCAAAUCUCACUGGAUGACCUUGAUAGACGUUGUGGACUUAUCUAGUGAUGAUGAACUUGGAGAGGUGGAUGUGAAACCUGUUAAGCUGGAGCUAGAUGUUGUUAGAAGACACGAAGAGAAGUGUAAAGCUCAGCCUGUGAAGAAUAAAUUGUCAAAAACCCAACGUACUAUACAAGAUUCUGAAGAAAAUAGGAGCUCAAAUGCUUUAAGUACUGGUCACAGUAGUUCCAGUAUAUUAGACCAAGGGCAGUCUCCUGUUGAUGACACAGGCAUCUCUUCAGCAUCGCCUAUAUGUCCAGCACCACUUUGUCGGCAAUUUUGGAAAGCUGGGAACUACAAUGAUGGCAUCGGUUCUAAAGCCACUUUUCAAAAUGGCAAAAACUAUCUACAUGUCCACCCCAUGUUUCUUCACUCGAAUGCCACCUCACAUAAAUGGGCCUUUGGUGCCAUAGCAGAACUCCUUGACAAUGCAGUUGAUGAGAUCCAAAAUGGGGCCACUUUUGUCAAUGUAGAUAAAAUCUCAAAUCCAAAGGAUGGAAGCCCAGCAUUGUUAAUUCAAGAUGAUGGUAAUGGCAUGGAACCUGAAGCUAUGCGCCGCUGUAUGAGUUUUGGGUUUUCAGAUAAGAAGUCGAAAUCAGCCAUUGGCCAAUAUGGUAAUGGCUUCAAGACCAGUACUAUGAGACUUGGUGCGGAUGUUAUUGUAUUCAGCCGCCACCAGGAUAAGAGGACAUUGACUCAAAGCAUUGGUCUUCUCUCUUACACAUUUUUGGCACAAACAGGACAUGAUAGAAUAGUAGUACCGAUGGUGGAUUACGAAUUCAACCCUACAACUGAGACAUUAGAUAUAAUGCACGGCAGAGAACAUUUUAUGUCUAAUCUCUCCUUGUUGCUACAGUGGUCUCCAUUUUCAACAGAGGCUGAGCUACUGAAACAAUUUAAUGACAUUGGAGCUCAUGGGACAAAAGUUAUGAUUUAUAACUUAUGGUUCAACGAUGAUGGGAGUGCAGAGCUGGACUUCGAUACUGAUCCCGAGGAUAUUCGUAUUAGUGGGGAUACCAAAAAAGUUAAUGCUAGACUUGGAUGGAAAGAAGUCAAUGAACAGCACAUUGCUAAUCGUUUCCAUCACUCUCUCCGUGUUUACUUGUCUAUCUUGUACUUGCGUAUACCAGCAACCUUUCAAAUAAUACUGCGUGGGAGAGUUGUUGAGCAUCAUAACAUUGCUGAUGACCUAAAAUUUCAAGAAUAUAUCUUGUAUAGACCUCAAACUGGGGGUACUGUGGAGGGUCAAGUUAUUACGACUAUUGGAUUUCUAAACGAUGCUCCAUAUGUCAGUUACCACGGCUUCAAUGUUUAUCACAAGAAUCGUCUGAUACUGCCGUAUUGGCAGGUUGUGAGCUAUUUAGACAGCAGGGGUCGUGGAGUUGUUGGUGUUUUGGAAGCAGAUUUUGUUGAGCCGAGUCAUAACAAACAAGAUUUUGAGAGAACUUCUCUUUUUCAGAAACUUGAAGUCCGUUUGAAGGAGAUGACGUGGGAAUACUGGGAUUAUCACUGUGGACUAAUUGGGUAUCAGGUAAAGAAAAAGCUUAAACCAGUGACCUCACAAAGUGGCGUUCAUCAAUCUAUCACAUUGGGCCAAAAUUCCCCUGCUCUUGGUAGUAAAAACACAGUACUUGGAAAAUCUGGGCCAUCAAUUUCAAGCACCUUAAGGAAAUCUGUACAAGGAACGAUGAAGAGGAAAGAACAUGAUGAUAUUCUGCCGGUUGAAAAUGUGAAACGGGCCAAGGUGAUCAAUACUGGGAAAAGUCAGUCUGUACAGCUGGGGAAUCCUACUGGAAAUCAGCUGAAAGAUCAAGAGGCUAAAAAUCUGAUGCUAGAGAACAACAAGCUGCGAUCUAAAUGCUUGGAAUAUGAGAAGAGGGAGGGGGAACUAAAUCUUAAGGUGGCACAGCUUAAGAAGGAAAUGAAAGACGUUGAUGAUGAAUACUCUCUAAUGUUGGCUGAAUUAGAAGCGUUGGGGGAUGUCAAGGAAGAAAAGGGUACAUAAAUCGUUGUAUGUAGUGUUGUAUCUCUUGUAUCUCUAAUUCUUUCAUUUGUAAAACCUUGUUGUAUCAAAUGAGUGUAGCCUACAAUUUUCAUUCUUUAAGAUCGUAGGUCGAUGUAGGGAAAAAAGUGGCUUGUGUAUGAUGGAGAGAAGAAAGUCGAGGAAAAAGAGUGAUCAAAGUGAGGUAAAAUGGUGUGAAGUUGGGAAACAGCACUCAAAUCCGUAUCGGGUAUUAAAAAGUUUCUGUGGUUUUUGGGAGAUUA